AUGGCAUCUGACCCGGCACAUGCGCCGAGGACGAGAGUCUCGGACAACGACAGCCCCGAGUUUUCGGACGCGCCCACCGCCACCACGCUAGCCGAUGGCGAUGAGGAGCGCCCAGCCGACAAGGAGCGCCCAGCCGAAAAGGAGCUGGAACGCGCACCCGCAUCGCCGCCACUGGCACCGCAGAAUGGAGGCACCCUGGCCUGGAUCCAGGUCGCCGCCAGCUGGUCCAUCUUCUUCAACACGUGGGGCAUGCUGAACACGUUUGGCGUCUUCCAGACCUACUACGAGACCGGCGAGCUGUUCCAGGAAUCCUCAUCCAACAUCUCCUGGAUUGGCUCCAUCCAGGCCUACCUCCUGCUGGUCCUCGGCCUGGUCUCGGGCCCCAUCUACGACCGCGGCUAUUUCAGGGCCCUGCUGCUCUCCGGCUCCUUCCUCGUCGUCUUCGGCUUCAUGAUGCUCAGCAUCUGCACCACAUACUGGCAGGCUCUGCUGGCCCAGGGCUUCUGCGUCGGCAUUGGCGCUGGCUUGAUCUUCACUCCGUCGCUGGCCGUCUUGCCCGCUUACUUCUCCACCCGCCUGGGCUUGGCCUUUGGCGUGGCUGCGUCGGGCUCGUCGCUCGGCGGAGUCAUCUACCCAAUUAUCUUUUACAAGCUGCUCGGCCAGGUCGGCUUCCCCUGGGCCGUUCGCACCAUCGGCUUCAUCGCCCUGGCCACUCUCAUCGUACCCGUCCUGUUCAUGCGUAUGGGCGUCAAGCCCCCCAAACCACGCGCUGUUUUGGACUGGUCUGCCUUCACUGACUGGCCUUUUGCCCUGUUCACUUUCUUCUGCGCCAUCGGCUUCCUUGGCCUCUACGUCAUGAUCUUCUACAUGUCGUACUUCGGAUUUGCCACCGGCAUUGCGAGCGCCGAGCUCUCCUUUUAUAUCGUCCCCAUCCUCAACGCCGCCUCUUCGCUUGGUCGGACCCUUCCCAACGCAUUGUCAGACAAGACUGGGCCCCUCAAUUUGCUGGUCCCGGGCGCCUUGAUCUGCGGAGUUCUUUGCUUCGCCAUGAUCGGUGUCAAGUCUUUAGGUGCCCUCGUCGUUGUGGCCCUCCUUUACGGAUUCUUCUCAGGCGUAUUCAUCGCCUUGCCUCCCGUGGCCCUGUUUCAGUUGACUCAAGAUAAGAGCAAAUAUGGCACGAGAUUGGGGAUGGGCUUCGCUUUUCUUGGAUUUGGUGUCCUGGCGGGUGGACCGGGCGGCGGCCGCGUUUUAGGAACUGAUUUCUCCGACCAGCAUUGGACCAAGCUCUGGUCCUAUGGAGGUUCUGCGUCGGUCGGUACGUCCCUUUUGCUAUGCGCCCUUAGAUUCUGGUUGUCUAAGGGCAAACUUUGGGUCAAGAUAUGA